UAUUAAUAUGAUCAUAGGAUUAUUGAGCUUAUAUUAGCUAUAGCUGUGGUGGGUACACUUGCAAAAAGUCAAUACUAAACUGCUGUUUGGUCUUCUUGCUUGGAUCUGGGGUGUGUUGACCAGAUAUGCAUUGCAUUGCAGGGAGGCUGAUGAGGGUGAUCACUGUUGAAUGAGGCCUUGCUGCUACAGAUACUUGCUUUCAUGAAUAUAAGACAAUGCCACCAGAGAAUUUGAGAUCAAUUGCAUACAGAUCAUUUGUCACUUGCGAUGAUCCCAAAGGAGUUGUGAAUUGCGGGAUUAGAAGGCACAAGAGUUCUAAAAAAUUGGAGGAGAAGCUUGAGCAACCAAAAAUGCUGAAGAAGGUAAAUUCUACAUUGCGCUAUGAAGAGAAGAAAGAGGUGGUUUCUAAAGGGGGAAUGGAAGAGUCACAUCGUUCAUCGUCCUUUCAGUUAAUGGAGGUAUCCAGGGGAGCUCAAAAGCUGAACCAAGUUAUAGAUUCGUGGUCUAGGCGUGCAAGCUUUGAUGGGGGGUCUAAAGAUUAUGCAAAAGACUUGUUGUUGGGUGCUCUUGAUCUGCAAGAUUCUCUAGCCAUGCUUGGUGAAUUGCAAGAAGCUUCACAGUAUAGGACAAAUUUGAAGAAAAAGGAGAAGGAAAAGCCUUGUGUAAGUAAAGUUGAUGAAGUGGGAAUUGCAAGAACUAGUUCUGACAGAUAUGGAAAUCCAAAGUAUCAAAAUCCAAGACCUUCUGGCGAUGGGUCUUCGAGGGAUUGUUACGAUGAGCUCCGGGAAGUUAUCAGGGACAGCCUUGCUAGACAAAAUUUGUUGCCAACUCAGUCAUCCAGAGAGAGUGCUAGACAGAAUUUGUCGACACCUCAGUCUUUUAGAGAGAAUGCUUAUUUUGACAGAAAGAAAAUGAACUCAUAUGGCGAUAUACCCUCUACUAGUUCAUCAAGCAUAUCUUCAAUGACUUACUCUCAUGAUUUUGCUUCUUCUGUAAGUACUAGUUCAUCGAAGAUUCCAGAGGGGAAGCCAAGGACCUCAAAUUUGGUUGCAAAGCUUAUGGGUUUGGAAGAUAUUUCAUCAAAACCUUUACAGCCUGCCUUGCAAAAGCAUUUGCAGAGAGAAAGUGUUUUGAGUCAGACACCUAUCUUUGAUGUUGAUAUGAAUAAGGAAAGGAAACCUCAGUUUGUUGGUCAAAAGAUGGACAGGUCUAUGACACUGGAAGAAAUCAUCGAUAAUAUGCAGUUCCAAGGACUUCUAAAACACAAUCAGCAUCAGGCAUAUCAUCAAAACACUUCCUUUAAAGAAAGAAGAGUAAGCUAUGAUGCCUCGCCUAUUGUGUUAAUUAAACCUACAUAUCCAGGUGUAGAAGUCAAAAAGCACUCUCCACAUAGAUUCAUCCCUGAUGAAGCAGCUUUGAACUCUGAGAUAAAGCAGAGAUUCUGGAAAACAGAAGAGGAGAUUACCUCUAAAAUUAAGGAGUAUCCUAGAAGGCCUUCGAACUCUAAUGAAUCACGCAGAAAGUUGCACUCGGGAGAUUCUGUAGUAAAAAAGUUGUCCCCAGAAAAAGGAGCUAAGACAAGUAGAAAUGUACUAGCAAAGCCACGAGAUGUAGAAGUCAUUAGCGAGAAAAAAGUGUCUUCAAAUAAGAUAAAUGCAUCUGUGCCUAUCAGUCCUUCACCGCCAAAGGAGAUAGUUGUGAAGAAAAUUGACAAGAUCCGUAAGGCUACAAGUAAAAAGAAACUGCCCGAGAUUGAAGAUGUGAUAUCUAAAAGUGUUCCUGAAAGUCAUGGGCAUGACAGUGUUCCUACUAUGAAACUAAGAAAGUCUGAAACUGGAUCUAGCAAUUUGAGCAAAAAUUCUGGUACUCAGAGGAAAGGAUCAGGUCUCAAUUCCCCAAUAAAGCACACAAAAUCAACAUCGUCUUGUGGUGAUAGUGUUCAGAAAAGGACUGUGAAGAACAGUAAGCCAGUAAAGGAGCCAGUAACUGCUAACAGAAGUAUUCCUGUUCCAAGCAUAGUACACAAUGAUGACAAUAAUAUGGCUCACAUAAAAGAGAAGUUGAGUUCAAAGAUGGUAGACAGUGAACCAGAUGUGCAACUUGUUCUUGAAGAAGAGAUGGAUGAUUCUGAAAUUCCUAAAAAAGAAAACUGUGAUAGCAACCUCGAUAAAUUUUGUGAAGACUCAGCGCAUCCCACCACACUGCUUUGUGAAGAUUCGGCGCAUCCCACCCUCCUUGAAAAUGGCACAGAUUCAGCGCAUCCCACCCAGCUUAUAAAUGGCACAAUACGUCAUGACGAGGCACCGGAACAGAGCAAGCAUGACUCGAAGGAAAGCGAUGUUUUCCAACCAGAAACCACUAAAGCAACUCCAGAAACUCUCCAACUGGUAGAGGAGCCCUCUGAGAAUUUUGAUGCAUCUCAACAAAUAGUCUCAUCAACAUUGACCGGCGUAUAUGAUAGUGCACCACUAGAUUCCAAACUCUUAGUGGACUAUGCAAGUGAACUACUGGAGAUCAAAAACCACAAACUACUCAUGAACCCAUUUCUAAAUCUAGCCAAUGAUUCAAGACUCUGCAUGUCAAACAAUAACCUAUUGGAGGAAGCUCGUAUCGGGAUGGAGAACCUAAGGAGCUACGGUCAACCUGGGUUAAACAGUGCUCCUGCUUCAGAUAUCGUAUUUUCGGUGCUUGAAAGAGAUUUGCGGUGCAAGGGAGUUGCUGCUGACGGGCCAUGGAACUUGGGUUGGAGGGAGGGGUUUACUAACAACCAAGUUGAGCAAAUAGUUAGUGACUUGGAAAAGCUAGUAUUUAGGGAGUUGAUUGAUGAGGUUCUUGCAGAUUCUGUUGUCUAACUAACUCAUCAUUUUACUUUGUCAUGUACAUUUAUUAUAAAAAUCUUAGUCUAUACAAAAGGUAAGCUUGUGUAA